GCUAAACGGAUGCAGUACGUUCGUCUAUCGAUCAUUUUUCAUUACGAGAGAUAGUUCCAAAAUGGAACUAAGAUGGUGUUUUUGGUUGUGCCUUGUGUGCGUGACCAUACGUGGACAAGAAGAUGUGGAUAAAGAUGUUGAAACGGUGCCUGGAAUAAGUCUGGAUACGAAUUUAUCGCCGCAGCCCAUUCCCGCAGAAGACACCCCCGUAGGAACCCAAAGUCCCCAAAAUAACUCAGUUGAUCCACCUGUAGAAACUCCAAUUCCUGAAACCCCAAAUUCCGAUUAUGAACCGCCGACAGACGUAGAAAACGUAGAGGAGGAUCAAGGUAGUUUAAAAGAGGGUCAGAUUAUCUACAGAUCUGGAAAGUAUAUGACAUAUUAUCCCACCGACUACGACCCCAUGACAUCUCGGGUGGCGCCACCAAACAGCGAUCAAAGAGGCGGCACGGGAACGCCAUACACUAUAACCGAAACUCGUCUUGCCCAAAUAAGAAAAAUCCUUAUGUACCCAUAUUACGAUCAAGGUGGAAACGCAGAUAACGAGGGAGAUUAUCAAAAAGAGAUUCAGUCUUCUACUCCGCAGGUCCACAAAAAUUUUAAUUUUCAACUGCCGUUCUUCGGAUUCAGGUUCAACUAUACCCGAGUAUCGCUCAAUGGUUAUUUGGAAUUUAGCGACCCUCCACCCAAUUAUGAUUAUCCAUUGAAUUUUCCCAUUCGCGAAUGGCCCAAGAAAAACGAUCCGUCUUUUAUUGGGAUAUUUUUUAGCAAGUGCAGAAUAGGAAAUUUGAGAGACGGAGACAUCGACCAGAGGAAACCGGGCGUGUACUAUAGAAUGGAAAGGGACCUGAGGAACAGGCAAGACCAAAUGGGGGUCGAGAUUCGCGAAAGGCUCACGUGGGAUAUCAGGCAAGGGGUUAUCGGAUCAGAAACUUUUCGCCCGAAACACGCUGUCAUUGUAACGUGGAAAAACGUUUCCUUCAACGGCGGUUGGGCCAACGCCGUCUACAAGACGAACACGUUCCAAAUGGUCUUGGCGACGGACGAAGUCUAUACUUAUGCCAUAUUUAACUACCUCAAUCUAGACUGGACCAGUCAUACGGAAGCCGGUGGAGAUACCAUCGGCGGGGAGGGUGGAACGACCGCUUUUGUGGGUUUCAACGCCGGCAACGGCACCAGGAGCUACGAAUACAAGCCCUACAGUCAAGAGAUGGUUAUCAGAGAUUUGAGCGCUACAGGUUUCGCCAACGGAUUGCCUGGAAGACACAUAUUCAGGAUCGACGAGAAAAUCUUGGUGGGCACUUGCAAUAAGGACAUAGACGGCGCUAAUUUGCCGCUGAUGUUCGCUCCGGAGAGCGGUAACAUGUUGGGCGGCACAGUGGUCAACAUUACGGGGCCGUGUUUUAAUCCAACCGAUCAGGUUCUUUGCAAGUUUGACGUCGCUGAUGUCGUAUACGGCGUAGUGGUUAGCAGGAAUCGAGCGAUCUGUAUCCAACCCCCACUAACGGUUCAGGGAUACGUACGGUUUGAGAUCGCUAUCGGGCCGGGACUGUAUAAAUGGAAAGGACGAUAUUUCGUUGAAACACCGGCGACCGCGGCCCAAAAGAUCUACUUCAAGGAUCAAAGAAUUCACGAGAAAUCGCCGGCCGAGAUAAAAAUUACCUGGGAGAAGUACAACCUGACAACCAACGAGAACGCGAACAUCAGGAUCUCGUUGUGGGGUUACAGAGAAACGACCAUUCAUCCCUCGUUACUGUAUAUCGGCGACAUCGCUACGAACGUCCAAAAUACAGGGGAAUACACCAUCGUACCCUCGCAGUUCCGGGACAGAGACAACACUUUCCUGACGGACUUGAAAUUCGGAUUCUUGCAAAUCAACUUGACGGAAUCGAUUCCGCUUAUUUCCGACUAUGCCGAUAGUACCACCACUGCUACCACUACGGUCGAGAUUAAUCCGGUAGUGUGGAGUAGACCUGUGCCGUUGGGUUGGUACUUUAGUUACCAAUGGGAACGAAUGUACGGGAGAAAUUGGCCUCAGUUCCUUUGCGACGACUGGCUGCGAAGCGAUCGGUAUCUCAAAAACUUUGCCCACGAAUUGCCUCAGUGUCCAUGCACCCUAGAACACGCGCUCGCUGAUAAAGGAAAAUACAUGCCCGAUUUUGACUGCGAUAAAGAUUCCAAUCCGACUUGCUAUUACAACAAUCAGGCCGUUCAUUGCGUUAAAACUGGAUCACCAACUUUGGAGGGUUCAGAGCAACAGUGUUGCUACGAUCGAAACCACUACCUGAUGUUGUCGUAUGACCAGCAGUGGGGUUCGAGCCCAAGACGCUGCCACAAUUUGGGAAAAAUGCCAUACAACGAGGCCACGAAAGUGCCCACGCUCUCACAAUGGUUUAACGAUAUGGUACCCAAGUAUUUCUGUUGCUUAUGGCAAGAGGAACAGGCUGUCGGUUGCGAAACCUUAAGGUUCGAGAGAAGGCCUACGCAGGACUGUGUUGCGUAUCAAGCACCAGGUGUCGCCGGAGUUUAUGGAGACCCUCACAUUGUUACAUUCGACGACGUUGACUACACCUUCAACGGCCUCGGAGAGUUCGUCUUGGUCAAAUCUAGAGUCAGGCUGGACAAUAUAGAGGUCCAAGGUCGUUUCGAGCAAAUGGAUCCCAACCUCUACGGCGAAGUGCGGGCCACACAGUUGUCGUCGGUGGUGGCGCGAGGUAACUCCUCCACGGUUAUAGAAGUUAGAAGGAGACCAGAAUACGCGAGGUGGCGGUAUAGGUUAGACGUCCUGGCUGAUGGUCAGAGGAUAUAUUUUGAUAGACCAUCGUUAAAGUUUCAACAUUUCCCAGGGGUAACUGUUUAUACACCAACUUACAUACUGAAUCAGUCUGAGGUCAUAAUUAUGUUCGAUAACGGAGCAGGAGUCGAAGUACUAGAUAACCAAGGGUUCCUAACGGCGAGGGUAUACCUUCCUUGGUCUUUCAUUAAUAAAACAGUUGGACUGUUCGGUAACUGGAGUUUCAAUAAAGAAGACGAUUUCACACUGCCAGACUCCAGCGUCGUGAGCGUUGUUAGUAACAUAAACGAUAUGCAGCGAGUUUAUACAGAUUUUGGAUCGAAAUGGAUGGUGGAUGAUGUUCUUGAUAAUGACAAAGGUCGAUCACUGUUUACCCGAGAAAACGGCCUGACAUCCGCCAAUUACAACAACAGGUCGUUCCUGCCGAUCUUCUACAUGACUCCGGAGGAAAUAAUACCCCAGAACAGGUCCGAGCAAAUAGCGCGGACUUAUGAUAUAUGUUCAACCAAAACGUACGAGUGCUAUUACGAUUACGCUAUGACGCUAAAUAGAGACCUGGCUCACUUCACUCAGAACUAUAAAGCUACCAUCUACGCUCUGAAAGAGACAACAAGGACUCGGGUUGUAUCAUGUGGCGUACUCGAAACCCCACGUUUCGGUCGUAAAAGCACAUUCCUCUUCAUUCCGGGAACUCGAGUAACAUACGAGUGCAACCAGGACUUCGUUUUGAUCGGAGAUCAGCGCAGGACCUGCGAGGCUAACGGACAGUGGAACAUUCCUGAUUACGGUUACACUUACUGUUUACGGCAACAAGAAUAUUCGUCGCGUCAAGCAGCUAUUACUUCGGGCAUCGUUUUGGCCAUCAUUCUACCGCUAAUCCUAAUAAUAAUUUUCAUUGCUUACCGGGUGUACCAGAAAUACAUAAACUCCGAAGAGAGCUCUUGGCAAUAUUCGGCUCAAAAGCCUUUUAACCGUUCACUAAGCCCUACCGGGACCGACGUCACUUUGAGCCCCGCUAGUGAUCGGAGCGGUGACAGCCUCAAGAAAAGGCGAAGUUAUGAGAAAGUGUACAGGACUCACGAGCCUUUGGCAGGAUUGCCGGAAACCGAGUUCGAACAUAAAGCCUGGGAUCCUAACGAUACUGAGUCUUCACCCGCAAAUAGUCCGACCAAUUCGCAGGUUUACAGUACACCAUUUGCACCGGACGUUGUCACUGAUAGCAAACGUAACAAACCGCUGAGUUACGGCUCGGAUGACUACGCAGUACCGCUUAAAAAGUCGCCCCCCAAAGAGCGAAUAAGUAGCCAGAGCAGUAUUAUUACCGACGUCUAACGGAACUAGCAUGUGGAAUAUAGCCCGCGCUUUAUAGACUAAUUUUUCACAUUUUUGACAUUUUGUAUAAAACCUUCAGAUUGACCACGUAGGUUACUUUUUUUUAUUUAAAUGUUUCUAUAUUUAUUUUAUUGUUAAGAAUAUUUUGGACAAUAAAUAUUCUUUGAAUGUAUCGUUGUUCGGGCGCUGUUCCACAUGCUAGGAAUGUCACCCCCUUUCAUGUUUCUCUUUCGAAUGGUACGUUCCUAGGUUGUGGAACACCUGCUUGUUUCAUUUCGAACGACCUUUUCCCGGCCUCACGUUCCAUCUGAAGCGGGACUUGGGAUUAAGCUUUUGAAAUUAGCUUGGCCCCAAUGUAUGCGUGAAAAGACAACAAUCAAGAAAAUAAAAAACCAAAAAAUGGCAAAUUUUAUUUCGCUUGACAACGUGGCAAUUAAUAAACGAAAAGGAGAGCGACAAAAAUAUUCCCCAAUAUUACUCUGAUUUGCUCAAUGCUCAAAACGUUUUAAA